AAGUUGCUGGGUGUGUUUUGCCACUGAUGAAGAUGAUAGAACAGCUGAAUGGGUGAGACCAUGCAGGUGCAGAGGAUCGACAAAAUGGGUUCACCAGGCUUGUCUACAGCGCUGGGUGGAUGAAAAACAAAGAGGAAACAGUACAGCCAGAGUGGCAUGUCCUCAGUGCAAUGCUGAAUACUUAAUAGUUUUUCCAAAGUUGGGUCCAGUUGUUUAUGUCUUGGAUCUUGCAGAUAGACUGAUUUCAAAAGCCUGUCCGUUUGCUAAAAUGGUUGGCUCUAUCUACUGGACCGCUGUCACGUACGGAGCAGUGACCGUGAUGCAGGUUGUAGGCCACAAAGAAGGUCUGGAUGUUAUGGAGAGAGCUGACCCUUUAUUCCUUUUAAUCGGACUUCCUACUAUUCCUGUUAUGCUGAUACUAGGCAAGAUGAUUCGCUGGGAAGACUAUGUGCUUAGACUAUGGCGCAAAUACUCGAAUAAACUACAAAUUUUGAACAGUAUAUUUCCAGGGAUUGGUUGUCCUGUUCCUCGAAUUCCAGCUGAGGCUAAUCCUUUAGCAGAUCAUGUCUCUGCAACCCGAAUUUUGUGUGGAGCCCUUGUCUUUCCUACAAUUGCAACAAUAGUUGGUAAACUGAUGUUCAGUAGUGUUAACUCUAAUUUACAAAGGACAAUCUUGGGUGGAAUUGCUUUCGUUGCCAUAAAAGGAGCAUUUAAGGUUUACUUCAAACAGCAGCAAUAUUUACGUCAGGCACAUCGCAAAAUUCUAAAUUAUCCAGAGCAAGAAGAAGCAUAAAACUGACUUCUAGUUGUUCUGCAGUUCCCAUCCUUAUGGGUUUGUUGUGUUGUUUUGAUUCCAUCCUUAAUGCACUUGUGGAGACUUGUAUAAGCUGCUGCUCCUAUAUUUUUAAGAAAUAUAAUAAAGCACUUAGGGCAGGGGAAAUCCUCUCAGUAAUCACGGAACCUGAGGAUAUGAUUUGUUUUCAUUGUAUGUACGUAUUUCUUUACGGCAGUCUGAACCAUUAUCUUACCAUGUAAACGUGGAUCUGUUCCGUUUUCUCCAGACAAAAAUGUAAAGCUCAAACUGUAUGAAUAUUAAAAAACUGCACAUGCUGUUUUAUUCAAAUGCCUCUUUUGUAUAUGUUCAUGUUCAGUUUUUCUUAGAAUCAGCAACUCAAUGAAGGUACUAUGAGGAUUUUUCUCGCUGGCAUAAUUCGAUUCCAUGAUAAACAGGAAUAUAUGUUAAUAUGAGAAAAUGUAAAUUAAAUCAGUUAUAAAGAACAAACCAAAAAUGUAUGUAAACAUUCAAAUGAUUACCUGAACCAUUGAGAUUUUGUUGUUUUCCUUAACCAUGUGAUGUCUGCCAACGUGUAGGGUAAAAAUUCACAGGGCUUCCAGAUCACUUUUUCACAAUUGCAUUUUAUUUAUAUAAUGUUGACAUCUCACAGUUCAUAAUGUAAUGUAAUUUUGACUUGUGUAGUCUUGAGUACUGUGUGUGUGUACGUGUGUGUGUGUGAGUGACAGAGAGAGAUACAGAGAUAGAGACAGAGACAGUCAUCAGGUCCUUCCAUCUCUGGAGUAAGGUUUUUAAAUCUGUAUUUCUAGAAAUUAGAGCUGCCAGUUUAUAGUAGUUUACGCAGAGAAUUUGACUUGUGAAAAAAGUAACCAGUGAUAUUAGUUUACUCUCUUACUCUUUGACUCACUGAUUCAGAUAUUUGUUGAUCACCAGUCUGUCCAGGCACUCUGCAGGGUGCAGUGGGAUACAGUGGUGAACAAGCCAGACUUGGUCCAGCUCUCAGUUUACAGUCUGGUUUCAGCAGUUGGAAAACUAGCAGUGAAUACACCAAGGGAAAGCCUCAGAGCUCUUGGCUUUUGUAUCAGUCGAUGGGUAGAUAAUUAUGGAAAUGAGCCUUGAGUUAAAGAUUGGGUCAUUUUUGGCUCAAGUCAGAUUAUAGAAAACCAGUACUAAUGUUUUUAGAUUUUAACUGCUUGUCAUUACUGAUGAGGCUAGCACCUUAGUAAUCACUGUUUAACUCGUUUUGUAUUCAUUUUUCAAAAGCAAUUAUUUAUUUUAAGCCAUUUUCAGUAGGGUGGCCAUUUUAAUGUUGUUCAGCAAUCUGAAUGGUCUUGCAGUUAUUUUCAUUAAAAUAAUUUUAAAGAAUAGCUCCAGGAACCCUAUUUAUUUUCUUGUUCACAGUAUCUAAUGCAUGACAAUAGUAAACGUUUCUCCUUACUGGUAAGUGGACUACUUCUCUUUAGGAGUAUAGCAAAUAUAGAUUGAACUAUGUUAGAUUGCAAUAAUGUAUGUUAUCUUUAGUAAUUAAAGAUUGGUACCUUUCUUUAA